AGACGCUCGCCAUCCGGUCAAAAUCUCGAAGGUUUUACGCAUGUAUCUUGCACAUGUGCGUAUUUCGUGAAAAGCUAAAAACAUACUGGCUACGGAGGGAGACAGUAAGUGCUGGUGGCUGAACAAAUGUCUUACUGAUGUUGAGUCUUUCCUUUGCUAAUGAUGGUAGACACUCGGUGAAAUCUGCGAACACGCCGAUGGAUUAAUGGACCUUGCAGCAUUUAAAACAUAAUCUUUGGACUUAACAGUAACUCCUGCGGUUUCAAUAUGAGGGUAUUCAGUAUUACUUAUCAACACAAGUUGCUACGUGAAUGCACUAGUCGAUUGUACACGCCUGUAACAGUCUCAAGAGUGGGCUCUCAGUUGGCUUCCUACCAUGUCACAGCUGCUCUGCUGAACCCAGGGGACAGCAGCGUCAAGUCCGCGGUGAGGAGACGACGCAGAGCGCUGAACACCUCCGGUGUCCAACACAAGCCUGUUUUAUCUGAUGGGUGGCAGGAUCGUGAGGGUUCAGUUCAGAGUAAAGCGAGGCAAAAUGAGAUGCCAGUGUUGCAGAAGCAGAGCCAGAGGAGGGGAGAGGACAGCAGGGUGUCGUCUGAACUCAGGAAACUGUGUCUGGAGGAUUUCCCUGCAGAGGAGAGAGAAGUCUUGAAGGGGAGGCUGGGGGGACAGAAGUCAACCGUGGACUCCAGAGCCGAGAACCAUGAGAUUGUUUUUGGCGUCGCUCCCUGUCUCUUUGCUCUCACUCAGGGGAGAAGGAAGGCCCAUAGGUUGUUUGUGAAAGAUGGAGAGGCCUCUCACAGGGUCUCUGUGUUAAAGGUGUGUGAGGAGGCUCAUCGGCGAGGAGUACUAGUCCAUCGGGUCAGUAAGAAAGAUCUGGACAAGAUGUCCUCUGGGCGAGUACAUCAAGGUGUGUGUCUGCAAGCCAGUCCUCUGAGCUAUCUCACUGAAAACAGAGACUCUGCAUCCAACAGCAACAACAACACGCCCCUCUGGCUUGUCCUGGAGAGAAUUCAGGACCCGAUGAAUCUUGGCGCCAUCCUGCGCUCUGCGUAUUUCCUGGGAGUGGAUCGGGUGGCCAGCAGUCUUCACUGCAGCUGCCCGUUGUCUCCAGUGGUAAGCAAAGCCAGCUCAGGUGUCAUGGAGGUGUUUGGCGUCUACGGGUAUGAAAACCUUGAAGAUAUGCUCCAGUUGAAGGUGGCACAGGGCUGGCAGGUGAUUGGCACAGUGGGAGCUGCAGCAGAGGAGUCCCAGAUUCCUGUCACCCAGUGUUCAGACUUUCAGAUGACUAAACCCACGCUGUUGUUGAUGGGGAGCGAGGGGGAAGGGUUGUCCCCGAAGCUGCUCUCUCUGUGCCAAACCCUCCUCACCAUCCCAGCUGGCAGAGAGUUGUUCCCCGGCGUGGAGUCUCUCAACGUCUCUGUAGCUACAGGCAUUCUGCUCCACUCCCUGCUGUUCUCCAGGAGGUCGCCGACAUGAUACCCAUCGUAAACAUCAGCCUGUACGCCAACCAAGAGAGCUGAGAAUUGGCCGUUUAUAAACAGCAGAAUCACACGUGGAUGUGGGGAAACUGAGCAUUUCACUGCAAUCUUCAGGAGUGACUUUAAAUGACAUUGCUGAUGAUGUUCUACAUUUUUCUUACUGUCAACAAAGCCCCCAAAAUCACAAGUAAUUGACUGUUGUCUGCGUAUCAAAACCCUGGUGUUGUAUACCUAUUUUCCAUGCGUGGGUUGCAUGGCCAUUAAAGUUAUGAAACAGGUCUAAA